AUGUCGUUUACUUCUGUACCAAACGGGCGUGUAUCAGAUUCACGCUCGUUGACUCCCAUCCGCAGUGUACCACCAGUCAAAGAAACGGAACAACCUAAUCUAAACCUGGCGAAUCCACGUCUGCUUAUCAACCGUGGUCUCAUCUAUGAGCGCCGACUACCAGGCGAUGCUUAUAUCACCGCACAUGUCCAGCGCCUUCAGCAUGGCUAUUACUCCAGCAAUGUCGUCUCAGACGCGGAUGCUGAACACGUAGAUUUUCUCGCUAUCGCAUUCACCUUUCAUUCGCCGCACACCAUCACACACCGCAUCAGGUCCGCCACCAUUAGUGUAUCAGUCCACGGACGCCGUGCCCUUUCAAGUUCGAAGUUAUACCCUUAUGGAUAUGCGCCCGGUAACCCACGCUUUCUUAUGCAUGCUCCGCACUUAAUCUAUGGCACUGUUUCCCCGGAGACCAUGGAGUGGACAUUCAGUCUGGCUGGGUCUCUUGGAAUCUCGGAAAUGCCCGUCAGUGCGAGCGUCAUUCCCUCGGGGAGUAUCAACAGUCGGUAUAAGCGGUACGAGAUGAUGCGCAUUCAAGGCUCCGCACGUACUUUAAAGAACCCAUCUGGCCGCGAAUUCGAUGUCGAAGCUGGCAAAAUCGUCUGGUCCAUGGAAGAGAAUAAUGUCCAGAGAUCUGGUCUACCGCGCGAGUUCACCUUUGUUAUGUUGAUCCAAAAGCCCGCGGCAAACACCAAGACUUCCCUCUCGAUCGAUGUCGACCCCGUAAUCGACGCAAUGAUUGGCAGUUACCCGUCCUUGAUGUUGAAACUACCCGAGUAUCAACCUUUACCGCGCCGGGGUGUGAAUUUUCAACAAGAAGUCGGACAGCGGUUUGAGCCCGCGGACCCGGUGCGUGGGUUCAACUUUGCAGAACUUGGGAGCAUGUUCGAUGAGUACAUCGCUAUGCCAGGAAGGAAGUUCAGCCGUCAGAUUCACAUCCCACCUGAGACUGGCAUCCCUGAUAAUCACUUCCAGGCCACCUACCCAGGCCAAUACGGGCCCCUCAACCCAAUCCCGUAUCAACAACAACUGCAGACCCACAACCUAGCCCUGCAAAACAACAGCCUCUCCCUGCAAAACAACCUCCUGCAGACAACUCUACAAAACAUCUGGGCCACCCAGGCGAGGGAGGAAGAACCCCAAUUCCACCAGCAGGUAUCCCCCCAGACGCAAAACCAAAACCACUCUUCCCCUCAAUCUCCCCACCCUCGCCCAGCACCACCAACCCCCUCCAUCCCCCAAACCGCCAUAACCAUCCCCCUCAAUCUCCACCUCGUCCGCGACCCAACUACCACCACACACCUCACAAACCUCACCCGGACAAGUCCUGGCCCCUCCCCCCCGGGCCCCACACCACACCCCAAGUUUACGGCGCACACAAGCACAGGAAUUCCCCUCGCGCGGGGCGAGCGGAGCAUCAAACACAUCCACAUGCUCCUCUCCCAGCCCCACAGACUCGAUGACCCCGCAUAUGGGCGCGCAUUCGCAGUGGGGACGCCCUCUUUUGGAGAUCGAGGAGGGGGAUGGUUCUGA